CAUAUUAUUGGUUAUUCAUUGGCAUAUAAAACACAUGGGGCUAUUAUUUUUUACCUUAAUGUAUAAAUAAAUAAAUUACAAAAACAAUUUAACGUAUAAACUUUGCGUAUAAAGAAACUGUACAUUUUUAUCGUUGGCAACACUUUUAGCAGCUGUCACUCUCACGCCAAUCAGUCGCCGAUGGCGGUAGUGCUCUUGACAUUCGUGUGUGUAAUUAUUUCUGCUGGAAAGUGAACAAUAUACCUAAGUGAUAUCAGUGACUUUUUCGAUUGUAUUUUUGUUGUUACUACUGGUUUAAAAUAUCGAUUAUUUGAUUAUUCUAUCAAUCAUGACUUCAAUCUGAAGACUGUGUAAGUGUGUACCAGCAGGAAAGCAGCACCUAGGCCACAAUGUUCCAGAAACCAACUUUCGGAGCCAAUUCCUCGGGCUUCGGCUCCUUCAAUGCGGGUGCGACAACUUCCUCCCCCUUCGGCGGGGGCUUCAAGAGCACAACCAACAGCGCUUUCGGCGCCCCGCCGGCCUUCGGGGCCGCCGCGCAGCCCGCGGCUGGAGGUGGUUUGUUCGGGUCGAACAACACUUCAAGCGGAGUUUUUGGCUCAACAAACACAUCUGGGUUCGGUUCCGGAGGAGGCUUCGGAGGGUUUGGAGCCAGCUCGUCAGGUGGGGGCCUGUUCGGGGCCUCGCAGCCUGCUCCGCUGUUCGGGGCGCAGCAGCAGCAGCCCUUCCAGGCGAAACCAGCAGGCUUCGGGUUCGGCGGCACGUCGACCAGCACAGCGGGCACCACGCCAGGUUCGACUCUGUUCGGGGCAGCACCGGCCACGGGCGGCAUGUUCGGCCAGCAGCCCGCCAUGGGCGGCACGCUGUUCGGCAAUAAUACCGGAGGCUUCGGACAACAACAAACCGCCACGGGUACAGCUCACGCGAAAUACAACCCAGUAGUUGGCACCGACGUGGUCGUCAAGUCCGGGACGUCACAGAACAUCAACAUCAAGCACCAUUGCAUCACUUGCAUGAAGGAAUACGAGAACAAAUCCUUGGAAGAAUUGAGGCUUGAAGACUACACGGCGGGCCGCAAGGGGGCGCAGGGCGGAGGGGUGUUCGGCUUCAGCCAGCCGCAGGAGAACAAGCCGCUGUUCGGCGGCUCCACGUUCGGCGCGCCGGCCACGACGAGCGCGGGCGUGUUCGGCGGCGGCGCGCUCGGCGCCUCCACCACCGGCUUCGGGAACACCAGCACAUUUUCAUUCGGCGGCGGCGCGCAAAACACGACGCAAACCAACUCCUUAUUCGGAGCCAGCAAACCCGCCUUCGGGGCCACCUCCACUGUCGGUACUGGCUUGUUCGGGGCGACGACCACACAGACGCCUACGUUCGGCACCGCCACGUCUACCUUCGGAGGGUUCGGGACCAACACAGCCACGCAGCCAAGCACAGGCCUGUUCGGCGCCAAGCCGGCCACGACGGGGUUCGGGGCGCCGCCCAGCUCGGGCUUCGGCUCGUUCGGCGCGGGCGGCGGCCUGUUCGGCGCCAAGCCCGCCACGCAGGCGCCCACCUUCGGCCAGGCUGCACCAGCAUUCGGAUCCCUGAACACAUCAGGUUUCGGCACCACGACAAGUACUUCAGGAGGUCUGUUUGGGGCUAAUAAUACAUUUGGGAAGCCCGCAACACAACCCACUUUCGGCUUCAACCAGCCCACACUCGGCGGCGGGCUGGGCACGAACACGUUCCAGGCGAAGCCCGCCGGGCCGGCGUUCGGCUCGCUGGGCGGCGGCUCGCUGUUCCAGCAGCCGCAGCAGCAGAACACCUUCAAAACUGAUGGUCUAGGAGGUGGGCUGGGGGGCGGCAUGUUUGGUAACACAAGUAGUCUGGGCGGGCUGGGUGGUCUGGGCACGCAACAGACAUUCGGCACGAACACCAGCUUCAUGGGACAGAGCGGUCUGUCGGCCGCCCCUCAGAACAACGUCCACGAGCAGAUCCUGUCGCUCGUGGCCCGCCCCUACGGGGACUCGCCGCUCUUCAAGGACCUGGUGCCUGAUACUUCCACAACAGCCGAAGAUGCUCUAAAGCCCACAAAUCCAGCGGCCGUGGCCGCAGUGCUGGCCAACGAUGCCAACUACAGAGUGGGCUCCUCGGUCUCACGGCUCACAGUGCUGCCCAGGGCCACCUCGCACCCUCAGGUACACAAAUCACUGUUCGACGGUCUGGAAGAGUACGACGCCAGUAUGGACGACCAACUGACGCUCAAGCCGAGCAGAAAGCGGCUCGUGCUGCGACCCAAGAACACCGCCACACCAGAACCAGAAACACAGAACAGAUCGUUAGACGAGCAGAAUCACAGAGAUGUGCCCACCCAGACGGAGAAAGAGAGGAUGGACGUCAACUCCAACGAUGACCCAGACGGACGACGGAAUCUUAGCAACAACAACAAUAUAGUAUUCAGUUCGGAGAAACGUGUCAGUGGCUCUCCAAAGGCGCCAUGGACCGAUAAAGAUAGACACAGCGAAGAAGAGCCUACUUCCCGACUCUACCCAGAUUUAGAUAAGGAGCUACCAGCACAGUUUGCGGAACGCAGAUCUAGUUGGCUAACAACGAAGCCCCUCCGCAAAUCGCUGCCUUCCGCAGCCGAAACAUCCGCCGAACAUUCGGUGCGGGAACUCGGCGUUAGGAGCGAAAGAGACAAGGAGAACAUCGACAGCUUGUCCGUUUCAGAGGAGGAGAGCAUGACCCGAGAACCACCGCCGGCCGCGCCGCACCCGGCGGGCGUGAAGCUUACCAGACCUGGAUACUACACCAUACCCUCAUUAGAAGAGAUGGUCGCGUACAUGCGACCGGAUGGUUCCUGCGUGGUGCCACACCUGACUAUCGGUCGAAAGAACUACGGGAACGUGUUCUACGACUGCGAGGUCGACGUUGCCAACUUAGAUCUCGACGCGUUAGUGCACUUCCUAAACAAGGAGGUUAUCGUAUAUCCUGAAGAUUCCGACAAGCCGCCGGUCGGACAGGGGCUCAACCGGCGCGCGGUCGUCACGCUGGACCGGAUCUGGCCCAGGGACAAGACGGAGAAGACCCCCAUCACGGACCCUGAGAGAUUAUUAACAAUGGACUACGAGGGCAAGUUGCGUCGUGUCUGCGACAAACACGACACAAAAUUCAUCGAAUACCGGCCGCAGACCGGCAGUUGGGUGUUCCGGGUGGAGCAUUUCAGCAAGUACGGUUUAACUGACUCCGACGAGGAGGACGACCCCACGCCGACCGUGCUCAAGCGGCAGCUGGUCAAUGAAUCUUUGCAGAAAAACGCCGCGCCAGCUCAAAUACCACCAGUAUCAGCCGCGUCCGGUCUCGGCGGCGUCGGCCCCGGGCUCGGAGGCCUGAGCAGCCUCGCCGGCCCCGGGCUCGGCGGCCUCGGCCUCAGCGGGCCCGGCCUCAGUGGCCUCGGAGCGCCCGGCUUGGGAGACGAUAGCCUGUAUGCUAUGCAGCAUACGUCGCUUGAUCUACUGGGACAGGCUGGGAAAGCCUUUGAUAUGGACACAACAGAGGACAACGGCGAGCCUCAAAGCCUCUACGACUCUACUAGAGGUUUUGGAGUGAAGAGUCCCACUGCAGAACUGGCGCGAUUGGAGAACAGACAGAGCCACCAUGUGCAGUUGAUGAAGGCAUCCAUUUACGCUGAUGACAUGGAGUUGGAUGACGGCACGUCAACGUCGACGGGCGACCAGCAGGUGCCGGCGCCGAGGAGCGUGUUCCGUCUCGCCCCGCGUGACAACCUUCCCCCCGUUGCAGAGGAGACCGGGGCAUUAGUACACUUGCCCGACAUCUCAUCUGGCGUGGAUCUACCUAUGCAGCCUCUCAUCGUGAAUCCAGAGAAAAUCGUACUCAAGUACCAUAGGAAAGUGAUGCCCUUCAAAUUGACUAUAGCUGGUAAACUGGACGCGGCGUGCAUAGCGGACCUGUCCGUGUGUCGCGCGCGCCACAGCCGCGUCGGCUUCGGUCCCGGCGGCGCCAUGGUCUUCCCUUCUACUUACGAUGCUCUCGUCGACCUGCCCAGAGCGGCACAGUUAUCAGAAAUCGGCAAAUACGUCGCGGGACGAGCUGAAGACGAUUGGAGCGAGUCCGUGGUCGCCAGGGUGGCCAUAGGACACACUGACACCACUAACAACUUCAUGAGCACGCUCACCAAGCAGAUGGAAACCCUGCUGGAAUGGUCGACGUGUGUCCCCGCGGAGGGAGCGGAGGGAGCGGAGGGGCCGGGCUGCCCGCGGCGGGCGCUGCGCGGGGCGCCGCGGGAGCGCCGGGCGGCGCUGCGCGCGCUGCGCGAGCGGGCGGCCCCGGACCGGGACAGGAGGGCCGAGUUUGGCGUGUCGGGCGCGUACUGCUACGAAGUGUGGACGCUGUGCGAGGCGCUGUGGGGCGCGGACUUGGACAACGACGGAGUUCCCGGCACAGAUGACUUGUCGAUAGUGAACCGUCACCGAGAACUGUUACGUUGGCUAACGGAGGCGGUGGCCGCCAUUACUGACCGCGAGCUGGAACGUCCUUGUAAACCAGAGGCCGAAGAUGAGUCCGAUGGGCACAGUGCACGUGUAUGGACCCUGCUGCUAGGAGGACGGUUGCUCGAAGCUUGCAAGGUGUCCAGAGACCACGGAGAUCUGCACAUGGCCUCACUUAUUGCGCAGGCGGCCGGAGACGGCGUGUUUCGCAGCCUGAUAGCGCGCCAGCUGGCCCAGUGGCGAGAGUGUGGCGCCGAGGGCGGGCUGGCGGCGGCCCGCCGCGCCUGCCUGCGGCUGCUGGCCGGCCUGCCCGCGCCGCCCGCCCGGCUCAUGGAGGCGGACUGGCUGCAGGCGCUACACGCCACCGCCAGAUACAUCUGCGCGGCCGUCCCGUCGCUCGAGCACGUGAUCCGCACGUACGAGAGCUUCUUCGUGCCGGACGCGGAGGCCGAGGCCGACCUCACCGUGGUGCUGGACGACCAGGCGGAGCUCAAGUGUCCCCUGCCUCCUUACAUGGGAGAAUAUGACGUCACCGUCCACGAUAACGGCAAGCAACGUCGCGUGCUCGACCUACGCUACGAGUUACUCAGGGCUCGGGCCUUCAACCACCGGCCUAAGUUGCACCCGGCGUCUUACACCCCCGACCCUACAGAUUACAGCUUAAGCUUCCUUCUCGGAGUGUGGUUCGGAAGUCCGUCCGUAGAGAGCAUCACUGGAGUCGCGGAGCAGCUCGAGGCGGCGGGGGCGUGGCAUCUCGCCGUGCAGGCGUUGGCUUACCACCCUAACGAUGCCGCACGCGGGCACCUGAUCCGCGGCGUGUUGGCCCGCCACGCGCCCGCGCGCGCCGCCACGCCGGAGCUGCGCGCGCGCCUGCAGCUGCUGGACACCCUGCGCGUGCCGCGCCGGUGGCUGCUGCUCGCGCAGGCGCACCGCGCCAAGUACGAGGUGAGACAAUCUAGUAUCACGCCGGAGCUGCGCGCGCGCCUGCAGCUGCUGGACACCCUGCGCGUGCCGCGCCGGUGGCUGCUGCUCGCGCAGGCGCACCGCGCCAAGUACGAGGUGAGACAAUCUAGUAUCACGCCGGAGCUGCGCGCGCGCCUGCAGCUGCUGGACACCCUGCGCGUGCCGCGCCGGUGGCUGCUGCUCGCGCAGGCGCACCGCGCCAAGUACGAGGUGAGACAAUCUAGUAUCACGCCGGAGCUGCGCGCGCGCCUGCAGCUGCUGGACACCCUGCGCGUGCCGCGCCGGUGGCUGCUGCUCGCGCAGGCGCACCGCGCCAAGUACGAGGUGAGACAAUCUAGUAUCACGCCGGAGCUGCGCGCGCGCCUGCAGCUGCUGGACACCCUGCGCGUGCCGCGCCGGUGGCUGCUGCUCGCGCAGGCGCACCGCGCCAAGUACGAGGUGAGACAAUCUAGUAUCACGCCGGAGCUGCGCGCGCGCCUGCAGCUGCUGGACACCCUGCGCGUGCCGCGCCGGUGGCUGCUGCUCGCGCAGGCGCACCGCGCCAAGUACGAGGUGAGACAAUCUAGUAUCACGCCGGAGCUGCGCGCGCGCCUGCAGCUGCUGGACACCCUGCGCGUGCCGCGCCGGUGGCUGCUGCUCGCGCAGGCGCACCGCGCCAAGUACGAGGUGAGACAAUCUAGUAUCACGCCGGAGCUGCGCGCGCGCCUGCAGCUGCUGGACACCCUGCGCGUGCCGCGCCGGUGGCUGCUGCUCGCGCAGGCGCACCGCGCCAAGUACGAGGUGAGACAAUCUAGUAUCACGCCGGAGCUGCGCGCGCGCCUGCAGCUGCUGGACACCCUGCGCGUGCCGCGCCGGUGGCUGCUGCUCGCGCAGGCGCACCGCGCCAAGUACGAGGUGAGACAAUCUAGUAUCACGCCGGAGCUGCGCGCGCGCCUGCAGCUGCUGGACACCCUGCGCGUGCCGCGCCGGUGGCUGCUGCUCGCGCAGGCGCACCGCGCCAAGUACGAGGUGAGACAAUCUAGUAUCACGCCGGAGCUGCGCGCGCGCCUGCAGCUGCUGGACACCCUGCGCGUGCCGCGCCGGUGGCUGCUGCUCGCGCAGGCGCACCGCGCCAAGUACGAGGUGAGACAAUCUAGUAUCACGCCGGAGCUGCGCGCGCGCCUGCAGCUGCUGGACACCCUGCGCGUGCCGCGCCGGUGGCUGCUGCUCGCGCAGGCGCACCGCGCCAAGUACGAGGUGAGACAAUCUAGUAUCACGCCGGAGCUGCGCGCGCGCCUGCAGCUGCUGGACACCCUGCGCGUGCCGCGCCGGUGGCUGCUGCUCGCGCAGGCGCACCGCGCCAAGUACGAGGUGAGACAAUCUAGUAUCACGCCGGAGCUGCGCGCGCGCCUGCAGCUGCUGGACACCCUGCGCGUGCCGCGCCGGUGGCUGCUGCUCGCGCAGGCGCACCGCGCCAAGUACGAGGUGAGACAAUCUAGUAUCACGCCGGAGCUGCGCGCGCGCCUGCAGCUGCUGGACACCCUGCGCGUGCCGCGCCGGUGGCUGCUGCUCGCGCAGGCGCACCGCGCCAAGUACGAGGUGAGACAAUCUAGUAUCACGCCGGAGCUGCGCGCGCGCCUGCAGCUGCUGGACACCCUGCGCGUGCCGCGCCGGUGGCUGCUGCUCGCGCAGGCGCACCGCGCCAAGUACGAGGUGAGACAAUCUAGUAUCACGCCGGAGCUGCGCGCGCGCCUGCAGCUGCUGGACACCCUGCGCGUGCCGCGCCGGUGGCUGCUGCUCGCGCAGGCGCACCGCGCCAAGUACGAGCACCUACCGGCAGUAGAAGCGGAGCACCUGGUCGGCGCCGAGCAGUGGAACGCUGCGCACAAAGUACUGCUAGAAGAAUUACUGCCCGAAGCAGUGUUGGCCGAUGACCUGCGCAGCAUAGCACCGCUGCUCGAACAGCUGAACGAGGCCGCAGAACGGCACGAGGUCAGCGGCUGGCAGCACGGAGGCCAAGCACUGCACCACUACAUCAGGGUGUGCGACGAGAUCCGCAGUCUAGUAUCGUGUAUGGAGGCCGACCGUGAAAGUGUACAGACUCGCUUAGAAGCCCUGCGGCCUCGCGUGGCCGCUGCCUGCCGCGCCCAAGCCGGCCUCGCUGUCAAAACCCCCCGGCACUGCGCGGCCCGCGCCGAGAUGGGCGCCCGCCUGCUGCAGCUGGCCGUGGCGGCGCGCGAGCCGCCCGCGCACCUGGCCGCGCUGCUGGCCGCCCUGCCGCUGCCGCCCGACUGCACCGCCACCGCCCGACAGAAGGUAUUACUGUCUCUGUGUCUGCUCUCUCUCUCAGUAUGUAAGACGCGACAGCAGAUACAGUCUCUCUCAGUUGCACCGCCCCCGACUGCACCGCCACCGCCCGACAGAAGAUCACGAUGGAGCUCGCCGAGCAGGCGUCAGAAAUGUGCAUGGAGUCGUCAGACACGUCUCCACACAGGCCGACGGUACAGGCGUAAACGAGCGAUACCCUCAACCGGGGUGAGAAGGGACGGCUGAGGCGAAUAGGGACAAAACUUAAAAUGAGAUUUACCUAAUAAUUUCUUAAUAUCUACCCAUAUAAAUUUGAAAUAAUAGUAGAUUUUGUUUGAUACACUUUGUGUGGGAGAUAUUAAGGAAUUUUCAGGUAAAACUCAAUUUAUGUUUUGGCCCUAUUCACCCCAGCCGACCCUAUUCACCCCGGUUGACGCUAUAUAAUACUUGUAGUUAAGAGGUUAACCCCGAGUCACACGAAUCUGCCGCACAAAGCCGCUUCCAUACAAUCCACGUUACGCUGUCAUUACGAACCGGCAUUAAAGCAUGUAAUUUAAGAAUUACAUGAAUCUUGGCAUGAACCUAACCAGUAAUCUAAUAGUACAUUACGAUACAGUGCGAAAAAUAGGAAAAUCGACACGAGUUGCGAAUUACCUAUUCGCACAUGUAUCGUACAACGUUUUACAGUACAUAUGGCCCUUUAAAUGUUCGACAUAGUAACGUAAUAUGCUAAUUUUCGCACUAGUGCGAUAAAGUAGCACCAUAUGUACUGUAAAUGGUAUUUUUUCUUAUUUAAUGUUUUGAAAAGAUAUGUUCUGCCGAGUUUCUUGUCGGUCCAUAUUGGGAUACCCUCCUCCAUUUGAGGGGGGAUUUAAAUCUUCUCGGAUCAGAGGUGUAGGGUUAGAGCUGGCGUAGCUUUAUUUGACGUUCAUAAGCGCAUUGUAAUAUGCCUACUUGAAUAAUAAACUACCUUUAUCUUGCACAUUAUCUUUAUUUAUAUUUAUUUAUUUAAUCUUUAUUCCACAAUACAUGAAGGUACAAAUGGCGGACGUUAUGCCUGAAGGCAUUCUCUACCAGUCAACCAAGGGGUUAAACCAGAAAGAUUAAAGUGCAGUCUCUUUUAAAUAUGUGUUAUAUAUGUGAUUUUAUAUAUUAUGUAUGGGCGUCGCCAGAGGGCGACCACUCUGUCACACUUGUAUUUGCGUAUUCUCUCAAAUAAAUAAAAUAAAAACGAGUGCUAUUGUAUGUCUUUCUAGCUGUAGAUUAUAU